AUGACCGAAGAAACUAUUACUAUAGACUCUAUUUCGAAUGGGAUACUGAAUAACCUACUAACCACGUUGAUUCAGGACAUCGUCUCUCAGGAAGCUACCCAACAACAAUUGUUGAAGACGAGGUACCCGGAUCUUCGCAACUACUAUUACGAUCCGAACGGAGCUCUUGAUAUCAAUGGAUUGCACAAACAACAAGAGUCGUCCCAGUACAUCCACUGCGAAAAUUGCGGCAGAGACGUAUCGGCAAAUAGACUGGCUGCCCAUUUGCAGAGAUGUUUAAGUAGGGGCGCUAGACGUUAG